AAUAAACCCUCCGCGCGUCCUUGUCACACAGCAGCAGGAAGGUAAAACAUGGCGGCCGUCGCAGCAGUGAGGAGUCUCGGCUCCACUUUGGGUAAAAACCUCCGGGAGAUCCGCGUGCACCUCUGCCAGACCUCUGCCGCCAGCAAGGGGGCCAGAGACUUUGUGGAGCAGCACUAUGUGACUCUGAAGAAGGCCAACCCAGACUUCCCGAUCCUGAUCCGAGAAUGUUCUGGAGUCCAGGCCCGGGUCUGGGCUCGAUACGAUUUCGGGAAAGAGAGCAGCGUCUCCGUGGAGAACAUGUCAGCUGAUCAGGUGGCCGGAGCUCUGCAAACGCUGUCUCAGUCCAAACUUUAACCCCCCCGUCUCUGCUGGAAGUGGUUCAGUCCAAACCUUACCCCCCCCCCCCCCAUCUCUGCUGGAAGUGGUUCAGUCCAAACCGGCUUCAUUCAGUUUUUGUAAAUGUGUUGAUAUGAAUAAACCUUAAAUAUUACUACGUCA